UCCUACGUUAUCAUCAUUAUUUAUUAAUUUUACGAUCAUUGCACAUUUGCAAUCUAAAAAGCAAAUGGCAAUCACACCAUCAAGCUCCGAAUCUCACACACCCACACCGAAAACCAUUCUACAGCCGCCUUCACAGCCGUCGCUGCCACCACCACAGACACCAGCCGAGAACACCGAGUGCGUAAAAUGCGACUCGUGCGGCUUCAGCGAGGACUGCACCCCUGCAUACAUCACUCGCCUUCGCCACAGGUACCAAGGUCGGUGGCUGUGUGGGUUAUGCAUUGAAGCAGUGAAGGAAGAAUCAAUGAGGUCAGAGAGGGACAUAUCAACGGAGGAAGCUCUUAACCGCCACAUGAAGGUCUGCACGCAGUUUAGAACGCUGUUGUCGGUGCCUUCUUUGCAUGAAACGGAGCAUCCAAUCUCCGCUCUCGGCCGCGUCAUUCUCCGGCGAAUGGACUCUUCCCCGCGGAGGCAUCUCAGGUCCAACUCCGUUGGCUCUCUGCAUCCUGUCAAUGCCGUUGGACCAUCGUCCUCUCUCCUUCGUACUGGUAGUUGCUUCCCUUCUCUCUCUCGUUAGCGGAUUUCUCAGUGAUUCGCAUGUUAUUGAAAGGAAAAAAAUAUGAGAGAAUUAAGCUUUAUAAUGUGACACAAAAAUUUGAUAUUUAGAUUAAUGGGAGCCUCUUAUUAUCCCAAUUUACAGAUCAUCAAAUUACUCUUAAAGUCUAAUAGUUGUUAAAACAAAAGUUUUGACAGAAAUUGUAAUACUGAUUGAAUGAAAUGUGACGAUAAUAUUUCUUAUUUAUCAGAACAUAACGGCUCUUUCGGGAAAAAAAUUUCUGAUUAUUAGCAUUUUGUAAAUGAAGUAGAUAAUUGGCAAAGUUUUCCAGUGUUUAAGAUUUGACUGGGGCUAGGUUCAAUCUGAUUAGUGACUUAGAUGCUAGCAAUUUAAUUCUUCAGUUGUUCUUUUUUCUUCACCAUUGUACAUAGAGCUUGUAUUGAACAUUA